CGUUGCUAGUAUGGUAACAGAGUAACCUUCAGUAUACUGAACGAUACUGACCAAAUAAAAAAGUCGAUUUAACACAAUAAAAAGAUGGCUAAAGUAGGAAACUAUUAAAUUAAACAAUGAAAAUACGAUUUCUUUAUUACAUUUAAACAUUCUGAUAAAAAUAUUUUAGUGUCAAAAUAUGUAAUUAAUGUUCGAUUUCAUUAUCAUCUCGCUGUCAGAAUCAUUGAACUACAAGUGGUUGAAGAGUAUAUACUCAAAUAAUCGUAAUUUAUCGGCGAUUUAAAGUUGUUUCGUAAAAUACAAAAAUGACAGUCGAUCUGUCAGCAGUGCCACUUGUUGCAUUGUCCAAUGAAUCCAAACAAGUUAUUUCGACAUUGUUAAAUCCACCUAAAGUUAUACCUUCAGAAAAUGGAUUACCAAGGGACUGGAGAGGCCUUGCUCAUUUGUGUAAAUUAAGUGGAGAAUUAAUGCCAUUGUUGACAUUUCAUGUCGAUCCAUCAGUAUACAUUUUAACUGUUUGGGGACAGAACCAGAAACAUAUUACUCUUAAAGAUUUUCGAACAGUAUUGGAAGAGAUUGAAAGAUGGGAUAUUUUAGAUGAUACAGUAAAACUUUUUGAAAGAGAUGCUAAAAGAUAUUUGGAGGAACUGGAGAAAGCUCAGGCAUCAGCUGAAAUAAUUGCAAAUGACAUUGAUCAGAAAGUUCUUACAGUAGGUGAUCUUCACAGGCUAAGGCAAGGAUUAGAGAACCAAUACUAUGAUGCUUUUUUGUUAUAUGCCGAUGAAGAUACGAAAUUUGCUACAGAGGUGGUAGACAAGUUAGAAAAUCAGUACAACUUAAAGCUUUGCUUAAAAGAUCGAGAUUUAAUUGUUGGUGUAACGUUUGAGCAUGAGGCUAUAAUGACUUUGAUAUCAGAACGUUGUAACAGAUUAAUAGUUAUAAUAUCACCAAACUUUCUCAAUAGCUCUGCAAAUAAAUUCUUUCUGAACUACGCUCAAGCACUGAGCAUUGAUAAAAAGCAGAGGAAAAUCGUGCCAUGUUUGUACCAGAAAUGUAAAUUGCCACAACAGUUGAAUUACAUGUUCAUAUUGGAUUAUAAUAGAGUGGGCCUCUAUGACUUUUGGGGAAAGUUAAGAGACUCUGUGGAAACUCCAACCAGACUAGGAGAAAGCUUGAAAGUGUCUCUUGUAACGGAAGAUGAAUACAAUAAUGAAAGUAAAACGGAUGCCGAAAAUACGAAGUGUGCAGUAUCUACAGAAGUACAAGAACUUGAGCUAAAAAAUAGUAGUGAUAAGUUGAACAAAGCAGAAAUUGCACGUCACUCUGAACAAUCGCCUCUUGGUAACAAAAAGUAUGGUAAUUUUCUGCAGUGGCCAAAGAAGAAAUAUUUUACAAAAACAGAUAAUAUUAAGAAAGAUUGUACGCCACCCACAGAAACAGUAAGUUUACCAUCUCUGGAAAACAUAGAUUUAUUAAAGACAUCAACGGAAUCAAUGGAGAAGAAGCAUAAAACUCAGUUUAUAAAUAAAUAUAUGAAGAAAGUGCAAUUAAAAAAGGAUCUCAUUAAGUCAUAAACUAUCGUAAAUUACUGUUUGGUUGUUCACUACGUGAAAAGUGUUACAAUUGUGGUAUGUUUCGAUAGUGUGUGAUUUAUAAAUACGUCAGUUCAUUAAUAAAAUAUUCUUUUGCUUGA